CAAAAACUUUUAAUUAGAAUUUUGAAUUGAAAUACGAAUACGUAAUUUUUUGAAUUUCCGUCCUAACGUAUCAGUAUGACCAAUGGGUCAGUGUAGGCAAUAGCCCAAGAACUUAACACAGUUAUAACCUACAGUACGAAGAAAACCAUGGCCACACGUUAUGCGGACGCACCAUCGUCCUUUAAUGUAGGAAUUACUGUAUAAUUGUUGUAAUUUGUACAAUAAUAUAGUAUGACUACAAUACAAACAUCGAUAUUUUUUCCCAACAUUGGGAAACAAUCGAUUUCAUGACGACGCGAGACUAAGAGCUUAAAAAAAAUGUGGACGAUACAUUAUUCGGUGGCCAAAGUAUAGGCAUUCUUGUCGUACUCUCGCCAGAAUUACACUUUAGUUUGCCAGAAACAGGCAACUUAUAUUUAUUGUAAGACCGCAUACCUACCUAACUUAUAAUGGAUAGUGCAUCAAGACCCAUUGACAGUAUUGCCGAUAAUCGCUAUUUUUGUCACAGUUGUGAUGCCGAAAUAGGAAGUGUAGCUGAUGAUUUUACAUGCCCAACUUGUCAUUUGGGUUUUAUUGAAAAAGUCGAAGAGCAACAAACUCCUGAGGAACCAGAUGAUGAGGAUAUGGAAUUUGCCAAUGCACACUUUAUGGUUAAUGGAAUAUUAGCAGAUGCUGAUCUUGCUGGAAGACGAAGGUCAAAUAUUCGUCGUCGUAGAUUUACAACAAGAGGUCCUCACGUAAUGACAUUGCAACCUGGAAGAGGUCCGAGACGAAGUUCAGGUGGUGGGACUAUUGAAAAUUUAGUAGAAGAUGUCAUAGUCAAUUUUGCUGAUUAUGCUCGAUCGGGUGCAAGUCCAGUCAGUAGAUUUUUACUUGGUAAUCCGGGUGAUUACGUUUGGGGAAGAGAUGGAUUAGAUUCGAUUGUGUCACAGUUAUUAAAUCAGAUUGAUGGAGCUGGACCUCCUCCAUUAACAAAAGAGAAAAUACAAGAAAUUCCUACAGCACUUAUUUCUCAAGAACAUUUAGAUAUGAAACUCCAAUGCUCUGUUUGUUGGGAAGAUUUUACAAUUGAUGAAAAAGUAAUGAAACUAGCUUGUGACCAUAUGUUUCAUAAAGAUUGUAUUAUACCUUGGUUAGAAUUGCAUGGUACAUGUCCAAUUUGUCGUAAAUAUUUAGCAGAUGAUGGGUUAAGUUCAAUUAGUUCAGAUCCACUAGGAAUCAGUUUAGGUGUUGGACCAAAUUUAGCAGCACUCAUUAGAGCUCGUAGUAACCCACGUAAUAAUACUAAUAAUACUGAUCCUGUAUGGGCAAUGAAUGAGUAUGAUAUGGCAUCUACAUCAUCUGAUUGGCCUACACAACUUGGUAUUAGUUUGCCACUUCCAAUAGUAUCAUCAUCAUCAACUACACAGACUCCAGCUGCUGCAUCAGGUAUGUCCACUUAUUCAUCCGUCACAGCUAGAAACUUACGUGACCAACGGUUGUCAACUUCAUCUGCUGAUGUUGAACCUAUGGAAACUGAUCAUGAUCAAAAUUUACCUGCAGUGAAUAAUACAAAUAAUUCCUAGUCUAUUCUAGUAAAUACAAGUAUGAUUUUAGUACAAUAUGAGUUUACUGUUUAAUACAUGAAAAUGAAAAAAAUAUAUUCAAUUGAUAACAAUUAAUCAAACAUUUUUUUUUUAAACCAUUUAUAAAUAUUUUUAUAACAUAAUUACAAUAAUUGAUGACAAUUUAUAAUUUUACUAGUAAUUGUCAGUUAGUUAUUUCAAUAGGUAUUUAACAUAUAUAAUAUAUAUUAUAUUAUUAUAUAUAUAUGAAUUCCUGUGUAUGUGAAUUUAAAUAUAUUUUAAUUGCACUGUUUUAAUUCACCCGAGUCUCAAUUGUAAUUAGUUAUUUAUCAAAUAUAUUAGUAGACAUUAUAAUGCUUAUUUUCUACCAAACUGGUAAAUUUCAAUUUUACCUAUUGAUUGUUAAAAUUGUUAUGUCUUUUUCAUUAUAAAACUUAAUUUAAAUUAUGUUUACUUAUCUACACUAUACAUUAUAAUAUGCUAUUCAAUGUUAUGAAACUAAAAUUCGUAAUUUUAAUAAAUAAUUUAAUUUAUAUUUUAUGCUUUUAAUACUAUAAUGGGUUAAAUUUUAGGUAAAUAAAAUAAAAUGUGUACAUAGGUAAUAUCAUCCAAUGUAGAUUUAGUUAAAUUUAAUAUUAUAAUUUUUGUGUUUUAUGUGUAUUAAACAAAAAAAUAAUGAAUAUAAUAUGUGUACUAGUGACAACAUUUGUUGUAAUAAUUAUUAUGUGUGUUAAUUUUUUUUAACUUCACAUUUAUAAUUUUUUCUAUUCAUUAUUUUUUAUUAAAAUUAUAUUACAUAAUUGAUUAUUUAUUUUAUAUUUAUUAGUGAAAGCAUAUGUAUAGUCAUAUUUGGUUAAAUUAUUGUUUAUUAUUUUCAUAAAUCAUUUUAUGAUAUCCUAAAAUGUAUUAAAAUUCUUUCGCUUAGAUAUAAAUAGAAAACAAAUUAUUGUAAAUAAAAAUACUUUAACACCCAUCAAUAUUGUUGGAGUUCUACAUUUUAUUAAAUCAAACUGUAUUAUAUUAUGCACUAGUUAAUUCUAUAUUUGAGAGCUUAAUUAAGAUAAUUUAUUUAGUAGAAAAUAUAUUAACAUGAUGAUACGUUUAAAGUUUAAACUAUAAAAAUGUAAACCAUAACAUAAUAAAUUUGAAACUCUUGGUGAUGCAAAGUUAUUAAAAAUUGCUAUCAUUUAUAUUUAAUUUUUAUCAUUACUAACUAAAUAAAUAUUUACUAUUUCUACCAUCACAUUACUAUUAAUUAGACUUAACAUAGAAUAUUAUUUUCAUUCAUAAUUCACAUAAUAAUCUACAAGGGAUAUAUUUAUGUAUGUUAUUUUCAAUGUUAUGAAAAAUACUUAAAAGAAUUAUUUGAGUGGUAUUUAAAAUAAUCAAAUGAUUUUUUUGUUAUAUAUUUAAAUAGUAUUCCUUUUCAUUUACAUUCCUUGCAUAAGUGUAUGGCUAAUAUGCUUCAAUUUCUGUUCUCUCAGGAGAAUUAUUAUAUUAUUUCAAUUAUUGCCUAGUUGUAAUAACACUGCAAAACAAUUUUUUGACCGCAUCAGACUAUCAGAAACGAAAGCUGUCAACAAAUUGAUGAAAACUGAUUUAAAUUGUGGGUGUGAUCUAAUGAAACUGGAAGAAAAAUGGUAAUUAUCGUAAUUGUCUGAUGUUACUCUUAUAAUAUGAGUCAGAGUAGUGUUGUCAAUUAUAUAAACACAGAUAUGGUUUUUUUUAUUAUUAUACAUU